CGUCUUUUUCUACUCCGGCCUCUCCGCGCCACCUCUUCGCCCCCGGCGAUCUUCCAUUCUUGACUUCUUAACUUGACUCUGCUGCUGUCACAAGGCAGCUUUCAUAUCCAAUUCCACGAAUUUGCGCCCGCCAACUUCCCGCCUCCAUCUGCUCGCCGUUGACACGGUCCCGCUCGCACAAUGGCGAACAUAACGGUCGCCUCCGAUUUGCCGCCAUUGCCGGCGUACGAAACCCGGCCGAUGCCCGAUCUUUUGCCUUUCAUCUCGGACUUCUGGCUGCUGGCCAUCCUCCCGCACAUCGCGUACUGGGUUGUCUCGUUGAUUUUCCACGUCAUCGACAUCUACGACCUCUAUCCGCAGUACCGGUUGCAUACGCCCGAGGAGAUUACCCAGCGCAAUCUGGCGUCGAGGUGGGAGGUGCUACGCGAUGUGAUUAUCGAGCAAGUCAUUCAGAUUAUAACGUCGGCUGUCUUGACGCUGUCCGAGGCCCAGCAGACCACCGGUAUGGAGGAGUAUGACGUCGCUGUCUGGGCGACCCGUAUCCGUUUGGCGCAGCGGACACUGCCGUCCGUCCUCGGAGUGCUCGGACUAAACGCUGCGGCCAUCUCUAAGAACAUGGCUGCUACCCACCCGCUGCUGGCCGGCGCGCUGGCUGGCGGUCACUAUCCGUUCCUCACCACCACCCUCGACGACGUCACCGGGGCCGCGGUGCCAGCGUUUGCGACAUGGGAGCUGUUGCUGGCCAAGGCCAUCUACUGGGUCCUUAUCCCGUGUUUCCAGUUCUGGGUUGCCGUCGCGUUCUUGGACACCUGGCAGUACUUCAUGCAUCGGGCGAUGCACGUGAACAAGUGGAUGUACACCCACUGGCACGCCCGACACCACCGCCUGUACGUACCGUACGCCUACGGCGCGCUGUACAACCAUCCCGUCGAGGGCUUCGUGAUGGACACGCUGGGCGCGGGCGCCGCGUACAAGGUGGCCUGCAUGAGCCCGCGGAUGGCCAUGGUCUUCUUCACGUUCAGCACGAUGAAGACGGUCGACGACCACUGCGGGUACAAGCUGCCAUGGGACCCUCUGCAGCACAUCACGAGCAACAACGCGGCGUACCACGAUAUUCACCACCAGAGCUGGGGCAUCAAGAGCAACUUCUCGCAGCCCUUCUUCAUCAUCUGGGACCGCCUGCUGGGCACCAUGUGGACGGGGGAUGCUAAGGCCAAGUAUGAGCGGACGCGGGCGGCAGCGGCGGAGAAGAAGAAGGAUGUCGCUACGGGGGCCCGUACUGCUAAUGGCAAGGCCAAGGCAAAGUAAUCUGGUUUGGAUGCGUGUUGGGGUUGAGAAGAAGUCCUGGACCACUUCCAUUCAGCCACAAUUCGCUGGGCGGGUGGUUGAUAGACUACGAAGGGCCGGCGCACGCGAAGCAAUCGGCAAAAGCUUAUGAUAUAUUUUUUGCAGACUUGGGAAGACACGCUCCAAGGGAGGCCCCUGUUUUGGAUCCGUUCCGGAAUGGCAAAUCCAGACAA